AUUCUCUUGCCUCAGCCUCCCAAGUGCUGGCAUCCCAGGCACGUGCCACCACGCCCAGUUCACUACAUCACUUUAUAUAGGGGACUUAAGCAUUGGUAGACUUUGGUAUUUGAGGGGGCCCUGGAAUCACCCCUGUGGACAGAGGACCGACUUGAUCAGCUUUUCCAGAUUCUGUACUAGCAGCUGGCCCAGGAGAGGGGGCUGUCAGAGAGUGAGUGAUGGCCACAAAUGACUGUCCCUUCCUAGGUCCUCCCCCACCACCCUGACCCCCCAGGAGCCCCCAUCCUCAUGGGUGACACCUGUCCUCAGCCCUCGGAACCCUCAACAUAGGGAGGCGCCAUGAUCGGACCAGAGGGGAAGGCGGCCCGCAUCCUCUGCCUCUGCCCUCGUGGGCACUCACAGGGACCAACAGGGAAGGCAGAGGUGUGAGAUCAUCUGGCCUGGUGCCCAGGUGGGGGAUGAGUUUUGGCAAAAGCAGGCUUGGGAGGAGUAGGUGGAGAAUUUGCUCCGUAGAGAAAGGUGAGGCGAGAGAGCUGGUCUGGGGGCAGGCGAGGGCCAUGUGGGCACAAGAGCUCUGAAGGGUGGGGGACUGUCACAGGGACGGGGGCCUGGAACAGGUCUGACUGCAGAGACCGCACGCAAGACACCCGAAAUGACAGCUGAUCAGAGAUGACAGGUGCCGUCCCUCCCGCUCCCCACCCCCAUCCUGGCCAGACUCAAGGGCCUGGAACCUGGGCUGGGUUCGGAGACACCUCCCUUGUGCCUCCAGGGAGGGCCUGACUUACGGCUGGCGGAUGUGAUGGGGGGUGCCUUGCUGCCACCACCCUGUCCCCCAGAACACUGGAGCAGCUGGAAAUGGUGUCUGGGUUCCCGCCUGCUCCUUCCCGCCCACAGACUGGGACGUGCUGACCUGAGUGCCUGGAACAGAUGUCACAGGCAAGUGGCUGCUGCAAGGAGUCAGCCCCAGCCUAGGCCCCACCCUUUCCCAGCCACAAACCCGAGCAGAUGGGACUCAAGUCCAGCCCGUCACUGGUCUCUGGGUCUCCUCAUUCCCUCUGGGGGACACGACCUGAGCCCUGGUCCCCCGUCCACCUGCCCCCAUGAAGCAUGAGCUCCAUGAGCAGCUGGGGCGGCCCUGGGCCUCUGCAGCCUCCCACUGGGCCUGCUGCGCAAUGCGGGACCAUGUCAUAAACACCGCGCCCGCACAGAGGCGCCCUCACUAGGGGCUGGCUGUCCUCGCCGAGUCCUCUCAGCCCCUAAUUUCAAAGCUUCGGACCUGUGUCCCGCCUCAGGGCCUGGGAGGACCAGACCCGGUCCCAAGCCUGUGGUGUUGAGGUGUCUGGGCCGCAUGCAUCUUUCCAGUGGCCCAUGAAGACGGCAGGCAGGUGGCAGUGGCAUCAUGGAGACACAAAACGUGGGGACCAGAGAGAGCAGAGGCACCAUGCAUCAGGGCCAAGGGCCGCUGCUCCUCCUGCCGCUGCUGGCUGCCUGCCUGGGGGCCCAGGGCCGCAACCAGGAAGGGCGCCUGCUGGCCGACCUGAUGCACGGUUAUGACCCUCACCUGCGGCCUUCAGAGCACGACAAGGACGUGGUCAACGUCAGCCUGAAGCUCACCCUGACCAACCUCAUCUCCCUGAACGAGCGAGAGGAGGCCCUCACCACCAACGUCUGGAUAGAGAUGCAGUGGUGCGACUACCGCCUGCGCUGGGACCCCGAGGACUAUGGAGGCCUGUGGGUGCUGAGGGUGCCGUCCACCAUGGUGUGGCGGCCAGACAUCGUCCUGGAGAACAACGUGGACGGUGUCUUCGAGGUGGCCCUCUACUGCAACGUGCUGGUGUCCCCUAACGGCUGCAUCUACUGGCUGCCGCCUGCCAUCUUCCGCUCAUCCUGUGCUGUUUCCGUCACCUACUUUCCCUUCGACUGGCAGAACUGCUCCCUCGUCUUCCAGUCCCAGACCUACAGCACCAGUGAGAUCAACCUGCAGCUGAGUCGGGAAGAUGGCCAGGCCAUAGAGUGGAUCUUCAUCGACCCUGAGGCCUUCACCGAGAACGGGGAGUGGGCCAUCCGGCACCGGCCAGCCAAGAUGAUGCUGGACGCGGAGGACGCGGGCCACCAGAAGGUGGUGUUCUACCUGCUCAUCCAGCGCAAGCCCCUCUUCUAUGUCAUCAACAUCAUCGCCCCCUGUGUGCUCAUCUCCUCUGUCGCCAUCCUCAUCUACUUCCUCCCCGCCAAGGCGGGCGGUCAGAAGUGCACUGUGGCCAUCAACGUGCUCCUGGCCCAGACCGUCUUCCUCUUCCUUGUGGCCAAGAAGGUGCCCGAGACAUCCCAGGCAGUGCCACUCAUCAGCAAGUACCUGACCUUCCUCAUGGUGGUGACCAUCCUCAUUGUCGUGAAUGCUGUGGUGGUGCUCAACGUGUCCUUGAGGUCCCCGCACACACACUCCAUGGCCCGAGGCGUCCGCAAGGUGUUCCUGCGGCUCCUGCCCCAGCUGCUGCGGAUGCACGUUCGCUUGCUGCCCCCAGCAGCUGUGCAGGACACCCGGCCCCGGCUCCAGAACGGCUCCUCCUCAGGGUGGCCCAUGACAGCUGGGGCGGAGGUGGCCCUGUGCCUGCCCCGCAGCGAACUCCUCUUCCGGCAGCGGCAGCGCAAUGGGCUGCUGAGGGGGGCACUGGAGAAACUGGAGAAAGGCCCGGAGUUCUAUGGCAGCCUAAAGCAGGCCGCCCCUGCCAUCCAGGCCUGUGUGGAUGCCUGCAACUUCAUUGCCCAAGCCCGGCUUCGGCAGAGUCACUUUGACAGUGGGAACGAGGAGUGGCUGCUGGUGGGCCGUGUGCUAGACCGCGUCUGCUUCCUGGCUAUGCUCUCGCUCUUCAUCUGCGGCACCACCGGCAUCUUCCUCAUGGCCCACUACAACCGGGUGCCCGCCCUGCCGUUCCCUGGAGACCCCCGCUCCUACCUGCCCUCCCCAGACUGAGCCGGCCAGUCGCUGCUGGGCACAGGGGAGUCGCACUCGUGGGUCAUGCUGUCCUGCCCGCUGUGCUCUUCUGCCACUGAGGUCAUGAGAGUGUUCUUUGGGAAGUUCCCCUCAAGGCCGUGGGAGCCAAAGGGCCCCAAGAAAAGCUGGAGAAAUAAAGAUAGCACCGGAAUCCCAGAUUGGCUGGGGAUGGGCUGAGGUCAAGGGGCGUGGUUGGGACUGGCAUCCACCUGGCAUUAGCCUGCUCCUCGUGGCACUGGCCCCUCCCCCACUGAGUGCACUCCCAACAUUCCAGGAAAGCAUUCUGGAUUCCUGUCAUUUUGAGCAUCUGUUUUGCAUGAUUCUCCUAGCUGGGCAAAUCCAGGCCUGGAACCAACUUCCCUUUUAUGAGUCCUCUCUGCUGGAGGCAGUGGGGAGAGGUGUGUGGAGUCCUCUCACGGGGUAGGGGCUGGCAAGUCCCUCUCCUGCCUGCCAGGUGUUGAAUGUGCCCUGUGCUUGCUGGCAGCCAUACCUUUCCAUUUGUAUGCUUCUCCUUGGCCUCAAUCACAAAAGAUAUUCUUGAGCUUUAUCAUCUUUUCUUCAUUGCUAAGGUUCCUCACAGCAUCACAGGCUGGGGGCAUGACUCCCUCGUUUCACAAGGGCAAAUUAAAGCCUGGAGUACAGGGACUUCCCAGGGCCCUGGUGGCUCCACGAGAUGUGGAGUCAGAAUUCCUGACUCUGACCCAAUGCCAGCCGCUCUUAACAAAGAUUCUGAAAAAUGGGCUCUUCUUCCCUGUCUUCUCGAAAGCCAGGGUAUCUGCACUGGUCGCAAAGGAUGGUUAAAACAAAGAGGGGUAAUCAGGGAAGCCUGCAGGCACAAAACAUUGGGCUCUGCCUUCCCGAGGGGACUUGCUUUGCUUCACUUGGCCCCAUUCAACAAAUAAAUACAGCCAGGCAUGGUGGCGC